AGCACGGGUAGAUCAUACCCAACCUCUAACCUUAGUUAUCAAAGCUCUUAUCAGGGUCUUUUUUGAAACUCGACCUGUUUUUUUCAGACCCGUGUUUUCUUCCAGAAUUGUUGGUGUUGUAUGGUAUUCUCUCAAUACCAAAGUCAUUCACUCUUUACCUACCUACCCCUUCAUUAUCGAUCGCUUCAUUCCGCUCGGAUAAUAACAUCCAUCUUGACUCCCAGCUGAAGAAAGCCAUCGCCGUUUUAACACAUCACCACUAUAUCGUCUUUUAUAUCUGGACGAUAUAGUAUUACCUUGGAAGUUUGAGUUCCCUAAUCGGCUACACUUACCUCAUAUAUCUUCUACUAUCAAGAAUAGUAUCUACACUACACUAUACCACACGACACUACACAAUGGCUUCUAUCAACGCGUCAUUGGGCACUGGCGCGAGAAGAUGUAUCGGUAGUAGACAGUAUAUAUCUACGGGCAGAUCUCCACGACAACAUGGGACGAAUGUAUUUCGAUUGACAAGAUCCAUUGCUGCUGCAGAUUCUCUCCAUUCCCGCUCACUACUACAACCCCGAAUUAGAACCAUGUCUACCACUACCACUCUCCGCAGUUUGAACGUCAACAACAUCAACCCUCAUGUCAAAGAAGCCAAGUAUGCCGUCCGUGGAGCCCUCGCGGUCAAAUCAGAAGAAUACAGAGCCAAGCUUGCAAAGGGUGAUAAGGACCUUCCAUUCAAUACAGUCAUAAGUGCCAACAUUGGAAACCCGCAACAGUUGGAUCAGCAACCUAUUACUUUCUUCAGACAAGUCUUGAGUUUACUUGAGUACCCACCGUUAUUGGAGAAGGAAGAUGUAUUGUUAAAUGGCUUGGGCUACAAGAAGGAUGUCAUAGAGAGAGCGAAGUGGUUAUUGAAGGAAGUUGGAAGCGUGGGUGCUUAUAGUGCUAGUGCUGGUGCGACGGGAAUCAAAAACAGUGUGGCGAGAUUUAUUGAGAAUCGAGAUGGAUUCCCCGCAGAUCCAAAGGACAUCUACCUCUCCGCCGGUGCCUCCGCUGGAGUUAACACCCUCCUCCACAUAAUCUGUGCCGGUCCCAACACAGGUGUUUUAGUACCCAUCCCACAAUAUCCUUUAUAUACCGCCUCCCUCUCCGUCCUCAAUGCAAAAUGCGUCCCCUAUUACCUCGACGAAGCUCGCAACUGGGGUACAGACCUCCAGGCCAUAAAAGAUGCAUAUGCCGCCGCUGUCAAGGAAGGAACCGAUGUCCGCGCCAUCGUCAUUAUCAAUCCAGGUAACCCAACCGGUGCAAGUCUUCCACCUCAAGAUAUCGAAGCAGUCAUCAAAUUCGCCGCCGAGAAAAAAUUGGUUGUGAUGGCUGAUGAAGUAUACCAAACCAACGUCUUCAAGGGAAAAUUCCACUCUUUUAAACAAAUCCUCCGCGAUCUCCAAUCCAAGACUCCUGAGAAAUACGACAAUGUCGAACUCGCUUCUCUGCACAGUAUUUCAAAGGGUAUGGUUGGCGAAUGUGGACAUCGAGGUGGAUAUUUCGAAUUGUGUGGUUUCGAUCCAGAAGUCGUAGAACAGAUAUACAAAUUCGUCAGUAUCAGUUUAUGCGCACCAGUUAUCGGACAGUGUCUCGUCGAACUCAUGGUCAAUCCUCCAAAACAAGGCGAACCAUCCUACGAACUCUAUAAGCAAGAAUACGAUGGCAUCUUUUCUGGACUCCAAAAACGCGCAACAGCUCUCUAUGAAGCAUUCAAGCAAAUGGAAGGUGUAGAAUGUCAAGAACCGCAAGGAAGCAUGUAUCUAUUUCCUACAAUCCAUAUCCCAGAAAAGGCGGUAGAGGCUGCGAAGAAAGAGGGUAUGGGCCCAGAUGAGUAUUAUUGUCAUAAAUUACUUGAGGCCACGGGUGUCUGUGUAGUGCCUGGAAGUGGUUUCGGUCAAAGAGAAAAUACGCUGCAUUUCAGAACGACAUUUUUGGCGCCAGGUACAGAAUGGGUUGGUAGAAUUAUAAAGUUCCACGAGGGAUUUAUGGGAGAGUUCAGAUAGAGGGUUAUUGCUAGAUUGGAGUGUGUAGAGAAUGAGAGAGAGGUAGAGAGUAUGGAGUAUGUAAUGCAAUUGCAAAGAUGGGGAAAGGGAGAAUUCACUCCACUGAAUCAAUAGAUGAAUAUCUAGCAGGCUGUAAAAGAGCAUUCCUUGAGGACAGUGCUUGAGACGAUUGGGUAAAUACAUCAUGAUAGGAGAAAAUGAGGGAACAGGAUGACAAGAAAAUAAACGAAUUUAUGAAAUUAAUUAUUUCUUAUAACGUAACGUAUGGGGAACUCGGACAUAUGGGGAACUCGGACACUUUUUCAAUUAUUCUACACGCGAUCUUGUUCUACGAGCCACACAAUCCUCCAAUUCCAAUUCCGAAUCACUUGAACUAUUCUCUAGCUCUUCUUCUUCAAUCUCUUCUUCUGAUUCUUCAAUUG